GUUGAAAUAAACUCCGUGGACUAAAAAAGUAACGAAAAUGUCUUCCGAUUUAAUGGAAUAUUUUAGUUGUGUUUAUGAUGACAAGCUAAAAAUUUGGAAAAGUGCUACUGAAAAAAAUAAAUUCAAUAAUAAUGAGUCAAUGGGUCAAGUGUUAUUUGAACGUUUAAAUCAAAGACCUCAGCAUAAAUUGCAAGUGGAUGAUACCUACAAUGUAACCAUAACAAAUGCUCAAGCUGUUAGCUGGGCUAUUAGUAUAGCUGAAUACUUAAAAGAAUUGGGUUUGGAUCACAAGGAUAUUGUUGGUAUAAGUGCUAGAAAUUCGACUUAUUUGCUGCCAGUGGUUUUGGGUUGUUUUUUCAAUUGUACUCCCUUUCAUGCUGUUAAUCCGGAUUUGGAUGAAGAUACUGUAUCACAUUGUUAUGGCCUGACUAAACCUAAAUUAAUAUUUUGUGAUGGAGAAAUUUAUGAAAAAAUUCGUUCAACAACUAAGAAUUAUUGUAGUAUGAUUGUUACCAUAUCUGAGCAUAUUGAGGGUGUUUCUAAAGUUCUGGAUCUUUUGAGGCCAACAAUGGGGGAAGAGAAUUAUCAACCCCAGAAACUUGUUGAAGGACCUAGUCAAACAAUUGCGAUUUUAUGCUCCUCUGGCACUACAGGGAAACCCAAGGCAGUUUGCAUCUCAACGCCCAGUUUGAUAAGUGAAAAUCCUUUUUUAACAAGCGACUUAGUCGUCUUCAUAGCAAGCGGUAUUGAUUGGUAUACUGGGCUAUGGUUUCUCAUUAAUAAUUGCUUAAGCAACUUUACCCGUAUUAUCAGCAAACGACUAUUUGAUCCAGGCUACUUUUUGGAACUUGUACGCAAGUACCAACUGUCUUACGCCUUUCUCUCAUCACGUUAUGUUGCCAUGAUGGUAAAUCAUCCCCUGGCUACCAAGGAAAACUUGUCCUCUUUGCAGGCCAUACAAUUUGGAGGCAGUAAUCUCUCAGAAGCCACCUUAAAACGUUUCAUGACUCUAUUCAAUGAGAAUGUCAUUGUGAGUUUUGGUUAUGGCAUAACUGAAAUUGGAGCCAUUGCAUUUAAUCUGGAUAAGACAAGGACCAAGUCGGUGGGUAAACUAUUGCCCAAUUUGCAGUUGCGCAUAAUAAAUGAGAAUGGUGAUAAUUUGUCAAUAAAUGAAGUCGGGGAAGUUUUGAUUAACAAUCCUAUUACCUGGAAGGGCUAUUAUGGUAACCCCGAGGAAACUGCCCGUGCUCUGGACUCUCAGGGUUGGUUUCAUACCGGUGAUUUGGGUUACAUGGAUGAGCAACAUUAUCUUUAUUUGGUGGAUCGUAAAAAGGAAAUUCUCAAAUAUCAGGGUCUUCACUAUUGGCCCAAUGAAAUUGAACAUGUGGUGGCCGAAAUACCCGAUGUCAUGGAUGUUUGUGUGGUAAGUGUUUUCGAUGAACAGCUGGGUGAUGCUGCUGCAGCUUUAAUAGUGAAGACAGAAAAUAGUCUCUUAACUGAGGACCAGGUAAUCGAAUAUGUUAAAAAACGUUUAGUUUUACCACACAAACAAAUCAAUGCUGGUGUUUAUUUUGUUGCCCAACUACCCUAUAAUUCCAAUAAUAAAUGUCUUAGAAAUAAAGCUAAAAUUAUGUUGCAAUCUUUAAUGGUAAAUAAAAAUCAAUGA